UUGUUGGAUUGUUGGUUUGUGGAUUGUUGGUUUGUGGAUCGUUGGUUUGUGGAUUGUUGGUUUGUAGAUAGUGUUAAAAAUGACACGGUUAAUAAUGUUUCCAAACUACCUGAUGCAGUUAACAAUAAAGUUGAUAAUACAGGUGUACCUGUAAACACAUCUAGUAUAGUACCCAAUACGGCUGAAGACGUUAAGAAUACAGUCGACGGUGUUAAGAAUACGGUCAACAAAGAUAAUCCAGUCGACAAUAUAGUUAAUGAUAAAAUACCCGAAACGGUCGACAACGUUGUUGAUACAGUCGACAGUGUUAAUAAUACACUCAAAAAAGAUAAUCCAGUUGACAAUAUAGUCGACAGUGUUAAUAAUACAGUCAACAAUGUUAAUCCAGUUAACGAUAUAGUUAAUGAUACAUCUACUAAUGUAAUACCCGAUACGGUCGAAAACGUUAAUAAUGCAAUCAACAAUACAGUCAACAGUGUUAAUAAUACACUCAACAAAGAUAAUCCAGUUGACAAUAUAGUCGACAGUGUUAAUAAUACAGUCAACAAUGUUAAUCCAGUUAACACUAUAGUUAAUGAUACAUCUACUAAUGUAAUACCCAAUACGGUCGAAGACGUUAAUAAUGUAAUCAACAAUACAGUCGACAGUGUUAAUAAUACACUCAACAAAGAUAAUCCAGUACCUGUAAACACAUCUAAUAUAAUACCCAAUACGGCCAAAGACGUUAAUAAGACAAUCAGCAAUACAGUCAACGGUGUUAAUAAUACAGUCAACAAUAACAAUCCAGUUAACAAUAUAGUUAAUAAUACGGUCAAAAACGUAUCUAGUACAGUACCCGAUACGGUCAAAAACACAGUACCCGAUACGGCCAAAAACAUCAGCAAUACAGUCAACGCUAACAAUGUUAACAAUACGAUCAAUAAUGUAGGAAAUGGUAUUCCUCCCGCAAAUCCACAACCUAACAGCAAUCCACAAUCUAACAGCAAUCCACCUGACAGCAAUACACAACCUAACAAUAACACACCAUCUAAUAGCAACCCACAACCUAAUA